AUGCACCGGCUCCUCUUCUGUCUCUCUGCGGCCUUGGCUGCAAGUGAGAGCAUCAAUUAUGAGCCCACCCUGAACCCCAAAAAAACAUAUGAGUAUAAAUAUGAAGGAGUGGUGAGAAUCGGGCGUGACAUGGCAGACCUGGCCGAGUCUGGGGUCAAAAUGCAGUGUACUUUCAAAAUCACUGGAGUAUCAGUCCAGACCUUUCUCCUUCAGAUCUACAAUAUGGUAUUUGAGGAGUUCAAUGGAAUUCCAGGACAGAGCCUAUUUAAGGUCUCGCCCAACCUCACCAAACGCUUAGCGGCCGAGCUCAACAGACCCUUCACGUUUGAAUACUCAAAGGGACAAAUAGGUGACAUUAAGACAGCAGGCGAAGUCUCCAACACCAUUGUGAACAUAGUGAGAGGCAUUGUGGGAUUUCUGCACGUCACAGUCAAGACCACCCAGAGAGUUUAUGAACUUAAUGAGUUGGGAAUUCAUGGAGUAUGCCACAGUGCUUACGCGAUUGAGGAGAACGCAGCUUCCAAAGAAUUGUAUGUGACUCAGAUCGUUGACAUUAAUGAUUGCCAUCAAAAAGCUGCAGUGUAUCGUGGGAUGGCGCUGGCUGAGGAAAACAAAAACACCCAACAGAGGGGUGACAAUGCUGUUGCCACAGUGAAGUAUGCAUAUACAGUGAAGUCUGUAGAAGGUGGUGGUCUGAUUACAAAAGCUUCUGCUCAGGAAAGGCACCACUUUACUCCAUUCAACGUUAAGGGGGGCAACUGUAAACUGCAGGCCGCGCGGAACAUUGUGCUACUCAAAGAGAUGGACACUGUUGGGAAACCUGUGACCGGUCAAGUGAAAAACAGGGGAAAUUUGAUGUAUAAGAUGGAAAAGGGUGUAGCUCCAAUUCCAGUUGUGAUGAUAAACCUAAAUGAUCCCGUGCCCAAGAUUGCCAACCUAAUCAAACGUUUGGCCCAAGGUAACAUCUACCAACUGAACAGCACCAUGAGUUCUGAUGUUCUUGCCCUUAUUCAACUCCUGCGAGCAUCAACACAUGACGAUCUAGAGCUGUUGUGGAAGCAGCUAUCAGGAAACAAUGAGCACAGGAGGUGGUUCUUGGACACAGUUGUCGAGGUGACAGAUGAAAGGGUGCUCAAGUUUCUAAAAAUCAGAUUCAAAGCUGGAGAUAUCACUGCAAGUGAAGCUGGACAGGCAGUUUUGGUGGCAUUUAACCAUCUAUCAGCUGAGCCUGAACUAGUGGAGUCGGCAAAGGAAUUCUUGACCAUCCCCUUCAGUAAGUCCCAUUCUCUCCUGUGGAACACUGUGGUCUUAUCAUAUGGUUCUCUGGUGUACAGAGCGUGUGCUCAUGAGACCCCCUGUCCAGUCAACACAGUGCAGCCACUGCUUGACAUGGCAAAUAAUGGACUCACUAAGAAGGACGAUAAAGACAUGGUGCUCGCUCUGAAGGCUUUGGGAAACGCAGGCCACCCUUUAAGUAUUAAGACCAUAAUGAAGUUCCUUCCUGGUUUCUCGGUAAAGGCUGACAGCCUCUCCACCAGAGUUCAAAGCCUGGCUGUGCAGUCCCUCCGACACCUCGCCAGCAGAGACCCUCACACUGUGCAGGACAUUGCCCUAACCAUCUUUGCAGAGAGGACUCUUCCUGCUGAAAUCAGAAUGCUAGCUUCUAUGAUCCUGCUGGAGACGAAGCCUCCCGUAGCUCUAAUCUCAGCUGUGGCAGAGCUGCUCCUGCAGGAGACGGACCUCCAGGUGGCCAGCUUCACUUACUCUCAGCUCAGAGCCAUCUCACGCUCCCGCACGCCCGACAAUCAGCACCUGUCCACAGCAUGCAAUAUUGCAGUGAAAGUACUUGCUCGGAAAUUUGGGCGCUUAAGUUACAGAUACAGCAAGGCUCUUCAUUUGGAUUGGUUUCGUGAUGAGCUAUUGACUGGCACGUCGAGUGAGUUUUAUUUGCUGAGAAAUGGUACAAGUACAAUGCCCACAGAAAUCAUUUCAAAAGGAAAACUUUACUUCAUCGGAAGAAUACUUCAGCUUACCGAGCUUGGUGUUCGUGCAGAGGGCCUGAAAGAGCUGUUCACUGACAGACCUGAGAUCACCAAGGAUUUUGCAGCUACUGACUUUGCAGCAAUUAUGAAAAUACUCUCAGAUUGGCAGUCCGUCCCCAAAAAUAAUCCUCUCUUAUCUGUACAUGCGAGGGUCUUUGGGCAAGAGGUCUCCUUUCUAGAUUUGAAUCAAGAUGUGGUUCAACAGAUUCUAAAGUCUGUGAGUCUCACUGCAAGUAAAGAAAACAAAAUCUGGAACAUUAUUCAGCAUCUACAAAAGGGAAUUUCAUGGCACUGGACAAAGCCGUACCUUAUACUGGAAACCCAAUUCAUUCAGCCAACCUGCCUCGGCCUGCCCGUCGAAAUCAGCAAAUAUUUAUCUGCACUGACUGCCAUUACUGUAAAUGUAAAAGCUGUUAUUAACCCACCUCCAAAAGAACACCUGCGUGAACUGCUCAACGCAGAUGUAUCCCUGCAAACUGAUGGAUUUUUUGGAGUGGCAAAGGAUUUUUUUGUUUUCCAUGGGAUCAAUACAGAGCUAUUUCAGUGCGGCGCCCAGCUAAACAGCAAGAUGGUUGUGGCUUUGCCUUGGAAAACUGACUUGAAAAAGAAUGCCAAAGAAAAGAAUUAUGAGCUCAACCUCACCCCAUGCAAAAAAGCUACGGAGCUCUUGUCAGUCAAUUCUGAUGUUUACGCUGUGUCAAGAAAUAUUGAAGAUCCACUGUCAGCCAAAAUGACUCCCAUGAUGUCAGAUGUUGGAGAUUUUGAACAAAGUUUCGCAGCGAACAGGAAAGAAACAGACAAAAUCAGAGAUUAUCAGGAUGAAGGUUCAGAGAUAUAUCACCCAAAACUGAAGUACUGUGCUCAAGCAAGCACUUACGGAACUGCAUUCUGCACUCAAGCGGAAGCUAAACGAGUCUAUUACCUUAAAGAAUAUCCUCUAUAUUACUUCUUAGGAUACACUCACUUUUCAUGUCAACUUGAGCCAGUCAGGUCGGUUAAACCUGUUGAAAAGAUUAAAAUCCAGAUCAGUGUUGGCCCUCAAAAACACAAACCGGAGGUCAGUCAAAUGAUGUUCACUCAAAAACUGUUUAAGGGCACAGAUGCUGCUCCUGAGACUGUGAUCUCAGUGAGAGUGCUGGCCGUCAGUCCUAAUGUAAAGGCGCUGGGUUAUGAGGCUGCUGCCUAUUACACUUCAGCCGAACAAAGAGACGACAUAGAACUGAUAGUUUCUGAGGUGGCUGAAGAGGUGAACUGGAAAAUUUGUGCCGACCUGAGUGUUCAAAAAAUCCAAGCAGGAGCAAAGGCCCACUUCAAAUGGGGUGCUGAGUGUCAGUCUUAUGAAGUGGCACUGAAGGUUUCUACCGCAGGCAUAACUGGACCAAAGCCCUUUCUAAAUGCAGAAAUUAACUGGGGAGAUGUGCCUUCAUUCAUGCAAGCGUUGGGCCAAAGGGUUCAGGAAUACUUGCCAGGUGUGUCCUACCUCAUGGGCUUCUAUCAGAAACAUGAGAAAAAUACCGAACAUGAAGUUUCAGCCAUGCUUGUGGCUUCUACUCAGGAGGGGUUUGAUGUCAAAGUCAAAAUUCCAGAGCUAACUGUGUAUCGGCAGGAAAUCCCCUCUCCGUUUGAAAUUGUGGGAGUUGAAAGUGAUAACAGUAACAUUUCUCAUAUAUAG